GGCGGGGCAGUAUGCGCAUCUCCGAGGUCAGGCGGAGGAUCCGGGAAAAUGGGGGAGAGAGCGGGAACGCGGGUAUUCAAGAAGUCCAGCCCAAACUGCAAGCUUACAGUAUAUCUUGGGAAGAGAGAUUUUGUGGAUCACUUGGAUCAGGUAGAACCUGUUGAUGGUGUAGUUUUGGUGGAUACUGAUUAUCUAAAGGACCGUAAAGUCUUCGUCACCUUGACCUGUGCAUUCCGAUAUGGCCGAGAAGACCUAGAUGUUCUGGGCCUUUCUUUUCGGAAGGAUCUUUUCAUUUCCACCUUUCAAGCGUACCCCUCACUACCUGAGGAAAAGAAGCCACUUACUCGCCUGCAGGAGCGCCUUAUUAAGAAACUGGGAGAACAAGCACACCCUUUCUACUUCACAAUUCCUCAGAACUUGCCAUGUUCGGUAACUCUGCAGCCAGGUCCAGAGGACACUGGGAAGGCCUGCGGUGUGGACUAUGAAAUUCGUGCCUUUUGCGCCAAAACAAUGGAGGAAAAAAUGCACAAAAGGAAUUCUGUUCGGUUGGUUAUAAGAAAGGUGCAGUUUGCCCCAGAGAAAGCAGGACCCCAGCCUGUGGCAGAGACCACUCGACACUUCCUCAUGUCUGACAGGUCCCUGCAUCUAGAAGCUUCACUGGAUAAGGAGCUUUAUUACCAUGGAGAGGCCAUUAAUAUUAAUGUGCAUGUGACAAAUAACUCCAGCAAAACCGUGAAGAAGGUCAAAGUGUCAGUCAGGCAAUACGCAGACAUCUGUCUAUUCAGCACGGCACAGUAUAAAUGUCCUGUGGCUCAGAUUGAACAAGAUGAUCAGGUGGCUCCAAGCUCAACCUUCUGUAAAGUUUAUAAUCUAAUCCCUCUUCUAUCCAAUAACCGGGAAAAGCGUGGUCUGGCACUAGACGGGAAGCUAAAGCAUGAAGACACCAACCUAGCAUCAAGCACAAUUGUGAAAGAAGGCUCCAGUAAGGAAGUGCUGGGCAUCAUUGUGUCUUACAGAGUGAAGGUGAAGCUCGUCGUGUCGCGUGGUGGGGAUGUUUCUGUGGAAUUACCUUUUGUCCUUAUGCACCCUAAGCCUCCUGAGACAAUCUCACGGCCACUAUCUGAAUUCCCCCAGACAGAUGCUCCCGUUGAUACCAAUUUAAUAGAGUUUGAAACAAAUUUUGCUCAGGACGAUGACAUCGUAUUUGAAGAUUUUGCCCGCCUGAGACUCAAAGGGUUAAAAGAUGAAAAGGACGAUGACGAGGCCUACUGCUAGCAUCUUACCUGCCAAUAGAGGCUCAGCCCUCUGCCACAAGUGGAGACCCAACACUGAUAUAUAUACACACACUGUGUAACAGAUAGGGCUGUACAAUGGGGGCAACUGUGUAUGUAUGUGUAUCCACAUAUUGGCUCUUGUUGAACACUGGGAGGAGGCUGUGCAUAAACACGAUAACAUAUACAUACACACACACACAAUGUGUAAUAGGGCUUUAUACAGCUCCAGAACUAUGUUUGUAUCCUACCAAAGGAUGCAGUAGAUUAGUUGUGAUACAUCAUAUACACACAGUGUGUUACUGAAGGCUAUAUGCAGAGUGAGAGUUUGUAUAUACACAUGUAUAUAGGACAAGAUGAUAUACUCGUACACUGUAACAGGGGUGGGUAAUCUUAAGGAAAAAGCUGUAUAUAAAUGGAAAGUGAAUAGAUGUUUGUAUGUAUAAUAUGCACACAACAAUAACAAUGGAUCACUGUGUAUGUGUUUAUAAAUGUAAUGCACAUCUUGUGUAACUAGAGCUGAAUAUACCUACCUAGCGAUGUGUCUGAGUAUGUAUGCAUGCAUGUAUGUAUGUAUAUAUACACACACACACUUGUUUGUAAUAUCUGUACAGUCUGGUAUACACACCACAGCGUAUAUCACACUGCCUCCCCACACUUCUCUCACUGAUCCUCCAGGGCAGUUUCUACAGCUGUGAAUUGCAUCGGAUGUUGGGGAAGAUUUGCACAGUCCGUCCUGCCACAGCGUCAACCCUCUUAUAAUUGUUGCAUUACUGCUGUGUGCAGAGCCGUAAUUAAAGAGCAAGGGGUUUUACACAUUUCCAAGCACCAGUUGAUGAGUGACACAAAAAUCCUAUUUUUUAUAUAUAUUGGCUGGAGGUCCUUUUAUUUUUCUUCCCCCCAUUACAAGCAAGGGGGAUAGUGAGCUUGUGAUUGUCAGAUCUGCUGAUUAUAUGAGAGACAUGGAGUUGAGUGGUGUCAGGUGGUACCUGUACUGCCGUAAUCUCUUGUUCCAUUCGGUGUCCUCAGACAGUGCGACAAGUCUAGACCUGCUGUCAUAUGUUCCUCUGUGGACAUGUUGCUUUUAAUCUGUGAAAUAUAAACAAGAGAGUUACUGCAGCUCUCUUCACUGCACAAAACUGCAGGUAUCCAGUGUCCCCUCACUGUCCCCUCUUCUUUUAAACAGAUGUCUGUGUUUUUUUUUUUGUUCUAUAUUUUGGCCUUGAUUUUUAAUAUAUUUUAUCUUUGGAUGUAAAAUGAUCUUUCUGUGUUGUUUUUAAACGGCUUCACAGUUAAAAAAUGCUUUAUUUUUAUCUUUUUGUUUUUGCUACAGAUAUUAGAAUGUGAAGAAUAAAAAAAAAUGUUGUCA